CAGCUUUCUCCCUGUGGGCUGGCAGCACGGCAGGGGAGGAGAGCCAACCCGGGCGAUGGUGGAAGGGCCGGGAUGCGUACUGAAUGCAGAGAAGAUCCGCGCCCGGGUGCGCCCGGGCCAGGCGGUGACCGGUGUCCGAGGGAGCGCCUUGCAGCCACCCUCGGCAUCCUUGCCCCCAGCAGCUCGCCCCGGGGCACCUGCAGCCUCUUCCGGGACUGCUCCAAUGAACAGUAAUAAAGAUUCCUGUUGGAGUUUCCCAGGAUUGCUUAAUGGAUGUGUUUACAGUGGUGUGGAAACUUUGGGGAAAGAGCUUUUUAUGUACUUUGGGGUAAAAGCCUUAAGAAUUCACUUUGGAAUGAAUGGCUCUGUCCUCAUUAAUCCACUCAAGAGUAAAGAUCAAACUAGAGCAUCCCCUGUUUUUGAAGUACAGCUCACCAAGGAUUUGAUUUGUUUCUAUGACUCAAGUGUGGAAUUCAGGAAUUCUCUGGAAAGCAAACAGAGGAUAAGGAUGAUGGAAGACUUAGAUGUCUGCUCACCCAAAUUUAACUUCUCAAGGGCAGAAAGUGAAGUAAAGAAACAGAAGGACCGGAUGUUAUGUGAUGUGUUGCUGGAUCAGAAUGUGUUACCUGGGGUAGGAAACAUCAUCAAAAAUGAAGCUCUCUUUGAUAGUGGACUCCACCCAGCAGUUAAAGUUUCUCAGCUAAAAGCUGAACAGACACAUCACCUUGUGAAAAUGAUACGUGACUUCACAAUCCUCUUUUAUAGGUGCCGCAAAACAGGCUCAGCUCUUUAUAGACACUAUAAGGUGUACAAACGUUCUGACUGUGGUCAGUGCAACAGCAAGAUAACUGUUUGUCGCUUGGGGGAGAAUAACAGAAUGACGUAUUUCUGUCCUCGGUGUCAAAAGGAAAAUCCUCAGUCUAUUGAUAUAAGCAAGCUGCCCACAAGAAACAGUCUAAUUGGCUGGGCAUAUAGCAGGGGGCUGCAUCCUAAUGAACAUGUUGCUCAGAAAGCUGAAGAGGAAUGGACGUGUGCUGUCUGCACCCUAAUAAAUAAGCCUUCUGCUAAGAAAUGUGAUGCUUGCAUGACUUCAAGGCCCAAUGAUGCAAAGACAGAGGAGGAUACCGAUCAUUCUGUUCCCUAUGACAACCAUUUGAUGAAGUAUCCUUGUAAUACUUUUGUCAAACAUCGUUCUGAAGUGAAGAUCAACCGGAAGACUGCAUUUGGAACGACAACGCUGGUUUUGACAGACCUAAGCAAUAAAUCCAAUUCUUUAGGAAGUAUCAGAAACCAAAACAUGAAGCCCAGUGGAGAUUUUCAAAACUCUCCUGUUGGUAGUGUUUGUUUUAGAGACGUACAAUGGCCCUCCAAGGAGAAAGGCAAAUAUAUGACUCUACCAUCGGACAAAGUCAACAGCUCACCAGUGUUUGACUCUCAAUUUGGUUUAUUAAGUCCAGCACCCAAAAAAUUAAAAACCAACCACUCAUUUCCAGAGCUUAACAAUUGCAGCCCUGGUUUCUCAAGUAUGUGUAAUGCUUCCAAAAGUGGCCCUACUUCUUUCAGUGAACUUCAAGUUAAUAUGACAGAUGGUACUUGUACAAAAAACAUUGACAGUCCUCGCUGCAAUCAACACAACCGCCUCUGCAUGCUCCGAGUUGUGAAGAAGGAUGGAGAAAGCAAGGGCAGGCUGUUUUAUGCUUGUUCUUUACCGAGAGGAAGCCAGUGUGGAUUUUUUGAAUGGGCAGAUUUAUCAUUUCCAUUCUGCAGCCAUGGAAAACGUUCAGUCAUGAGGACUGUGCUGAAAGUUGGUCCUAAUAAUGGAAGAAACUUUUUUGUAUGUCCCCUCAGGCAGGAUAAACAGUGUGAUUUCUUUCAAUGGGCGCAAAAUGGACCAGGAAUUAAGAUUAUCCCAGGAUGCUAAUUAUUUUUAAAUUUUAUAUCAUGUCUGGUUAUUAAUUUCUUAAAAUGCUAUAUAAGGUAUUUUUAUUUAAUUUUCGGGUUAAAUAAUAGCCACAGGUUAUUGGGAGGGCCACCAUGACGUUUGAGAAUUACUGUUGAUAUUUCAGAGUUUCCAGAAAUCUAUUAAGAUUUCUUCUAGCCUCCUCUGUAUAUAUUUAAUCUUCCCUCUUUAUUACUGUAUUACUUUUACCUCAUGAGGACAUUGUGUUUGGGGUUUUUUUGCUGAUAUCAAUAUUAAUGCCUUCUGUGUA